AUGGCCAACCCAUUGUUCAUCCCACAGGAUAUGCUAAGUAGAAAAGUAGUUAGUUUGGUGAGGUUCCUGCUCCUCAAGUACCGAAUGAACCUUCGGGCAACUAAGGCAGAAAUGCUGGAUAGAAUCUCUCGUGACUAUGAGAUGUUCUUCCAUGUGAUCUCUACGAAGGCCACUGAUUGCAUGUGGCUAUUAUUUGGCAUUGAAGUUAGGCAAGUGGACCCUCUUGGCCACUCCUAUUCUCUUGUCACUGCCCUGGGGAUCACCUAUGAUGGGCUGCAGCAUGGUGCCGUGGGCAUACCAAAAACAGGCUUGGUAAUAAUUAUGUUGUGUAUCAUCUUCAUAGGGGACAAUUGUGUCAGCGAGGAGGCCUUGUGGCGUCUGUUGAAUGUCAUGGGGCUGUAUGCUGGGAGGGAUCAUUUCAUAUACGGGGAGCCCAGGAGACUCAUCACUGAGCAUUUUGUGCAGGAAAGAUACCUGGAGUGCAGACAGGUGCCAGGCAGCGAUCCUCCUAGCCAUGAGUUCCUAUGGGGCCCCAGGGCCCAUGCGGAAACCACCAAGAUGAAAAUCUUGAGGUUUUUUGCCAGCAUAAUUAGGCGGGAUCCCAGAUCCUACCCCUACAGUUAUGCAGAUGCUUUGAGAGAUGAGCUGCAGAGGACCUAGACCUGAAUCGCCCAGCAGAUGAUACUACUGUCCUGAGCAGCACCCAUUCUAGCGCACUGGCAGUUUCCAGGUCAGGUAGUCAGACAUUUAAGGACUUGUACCCUCAGUGGAGUGCUGGUGGAAUGACAGCAUGAACCGUUUCAUUCUUCCUGUUCUCACUGGGUGACUUGGGCUUUCUUGUU